UCUCUAAAAAAAAAUAUUAGUUUGGAGGGAAGUCUCUGCGAAACAAGGUUGGACCUCUCUCUCUUUCUCUUUUCUUUCAAUCCAAAAAGCAAUUCACACGCUUAAAUUAAAUUAAAUUAAAAAAAGAAAAAAAAAAUACCCCAUUUUCAUCGUCUUCUUCCUUGAAAAAGCUCUUUCUUUUCAAUCCAAUUUAAAUAACUUCUUCUCUUCCAUUUCAUCCCCAACAACAUCUUUCUUCUCCACCCAUCUCUCUGUCUUGGGCUCUACGCUUCUCAAGGUGUGUCCUUUUUGGGAAAUUCCAAUUGGGUUUUCUUUUAAUUGCUUUGUAGUGAAUUGGGAUCGAAAAAGUUUGGAUUUUGAUUGAUUUUGUUUAAGAACGAUUUAUGGGUAAUUGUUGCGUAACCCCAGCUGGAGUUUCAUCUCCAGAUAGGAAAAAAGGAAAGAAGAAGAAGCAAAACCCAUUUGCUUUAGAUUAUGGGGCUAAUCACCAUGUUAGUAGCGGGAACAAGCUCUGUGUUUUGGCAGAACCAACUGGACGUGAAAUCGAGCUUAGUUAUGAACUGGGUCGGGAGCUUGGAAGGGGUGAAUUUGGAAUUACGUAUCUUUGUACGGACAGGUCUACAGGUAAUACUUUUGCUUGUAAGUCUAUAUCUAAGAAGAAGCUUAGAACAUCGGUUGAUAUUGAAGAUGUGAGGAGAGAGGUUGAGAUCAUGAAACAUAUGCCUAAACAUCCAAAUAUAGUAACCUUGAAAGACACUUAUGAAGAUGAUAAUGCUGUUCAUCUGGUUAUGGAGCUUUGUGAAGGUGGUGAAUUGUUUGAUCGGAUUGUGGCAAGGGGUCAUUAUACUGAGCGUGCUGCUGCAGCUGUUACAAAAACUAUUGUUGAAGUUGUUCAGGUUUGCCACAAGCAUGGUGUGAUGCAUCGUGAUCUAAAACCCGAAAACUUUCUAUUUGGUAACAAGAAGGAAACCGCGCCUUUGAAGGCAAUUGAUUUCGGGUUGUCUGUCUUUUUUAAGCCUGGUGAAAGAUUCACUGAGAUUGUUGGAAGUCCAUACUACAUGGCUCCCGAGGUGCUAAAGCGGAAUUAUGGACCAGAGGUUGAUGUUUGGAGUGCUGGAGUAAUUCUGUACAUCUUGCUUUGUGGUGUUCCACCUUUUUGGGCAGAAACUGAACAAGGAGUAGCACAAGCAAUUAUACGAUCGGUUUUGGAUUUUAAAAGAGACCCUUGGCCUAAAGUUUCCGACAAUGCAAAAGACCUUGUUAAGAAGAUGCUCGACCCUGAUCCAAAACGGAGGCUUACAGCUCAGGAAGUACUAGAUCAUCCUUGGUUGCAAAAUGCAAAGAAAGCUCCAAAUGUGUCUUUGGGUGAAACUGUGAGGGCAAGGCUCAAGCAAUUCUCUGUAAUGAACAAGCUCAAGAAAAGAGCUCUGAGGGUAAUUGCUGAGCAUUUGUCAGUAGAAGAAGUUGCUGGUAUAAAAGAAGGAUUUAAUCUUAUGGAUACUAGCAGCAGAGGAAGGAUUAACACGGAUGAACUAAGAGCCGGAUUGCAUAAGCUUGGUCAUCAAAUUCCAGAUGCAGAUGUUCAUAUUCUAAUGGAAGCUGGUGAUGUAGAUAAGGAUGGAUAUCUGGACUAUGGAGAAUUUGUUGCCAUAUCUGUUCACCUAAGAAAGAUGGGCAGUGAUGACGAGCAUCUUCACAAAGCCUUCGAAUUCUUUGACAAAAACCAAACUGGAUUCAUAGAAAUUGACGAGCUGCGACAUUGCUUGGCUGAUGAUGUUGAAGAAAACAAUGAAGAAGUCGUUGAAGCCAUUAUGCAAGACGUGGACACCGAUAAGGAUGGAAAAAUAAGUUAUGAAGAGUUUGCUGCGAUGAUGAAGUCGGGUACUGAUUGGAGAAAAGCGUCGAGACAGUACUCGCGAGAGCGGUUCAACAAUCUCAGUUUGAAACUGAUGAAAGAUGGUUCCUUGCAGUUAGACAAUAACGAGAGUAGAUAGAAUUGGAAGAACCAAAGAGCAAUUAUUAUUAUUAUUUUUUGGAGGAGAAAAAAAUCAUUGAUUUUUUUUUUUAAAAAAAAAGAAUUAUUAUUUUGGUAAUUAUUCUGGUUGAUUUUCUAAUUUAAGACAUCAUUCUCCUUUUUGGUUUUGAAAAGGGUUGGAAAGAGUGUUGUUUUUCAUUUGAGGGUUGGAUGUGUUUUCAUUUGUUUGUUUGUAACUUGUAAGGGAGUUCUUGGGGAAAAGAAGUUGUUUCCACAAACCAAAAUAGUGAAAUUGUGAUUGUAAAUAUUAUAUAUUUUAAAAAUUGGAAUUAUUUUUAUUAGAAUCA